GCGGCGGCGUCUGCGCGCGGAGGAGGUGGAGGAGGCGCCGGGCGGCCGCUUCCCGCCCCCGAGCCUGAGCCGGUGCCGAGCGGGGUAGAGCCGAGGUCGGACUCGGAGCGGAGCCGGCUGAGCGGGCGCCGAGUCCCCGCCAUGGCCCGGAACACGCUGUCCUCGCGCUUCCGUCGGGUGGACAUCGAUGAGUUUGACGAGAACAAAUUCGUGGACGAGCAGGAGGAGGCGGCGGCGGCGGCGGGCGAGCCAGGCCCGGACCCUAGCGAGGUGGAUGGCCUUCUGCGGCAAGGGGACAUGCUUCGGGCAUUCCACGCAGCCUUGCGGAACUCUCCCAUCAACACCAAGAAUCAGGCUGUGAAGGAACGAGCCCAGGGCGUGGUGCUGAAAGUGCUCACAAACUUUAAGAGCAGUGAAAUUGAGCAGGCUGUGCAGUCGCUGGACAGAAAUGGCAUUGACUUGCUAAUGAAGUACAUUUAUAAAGGGUUUGAGAAGCCCACAGAAAACAGCAGUGCAGUGUUACUCCAGUGGCAUGAAAAGGCAUUAGCAGUAGGAGGACUAGGCUCCAUUAUAAGAGUUCUUACAGCGAGAAAGACUGUUUAAAAAAAAGGACUCAUGUUACCUUGAGAAGAAUUUUGGAUGCACAGGCUGAUGAAGAGGGAUUGACAAUGGACCAUCUUCCUGGGAACUCCCAACUAAACUAUUCCAGGACAUGCAUCUGCUGAAGUGUAUUUUAUUUUCAAGGUGGAGGGAGAACUUGUCUGUUUCCUAAAUCCUUUGCAGGAUCUGAUAGUCUAUGCCUUUGUCCACGAGUAACACAGAACUGACCUCGUAACUGUCUGCCGGAGUGGCUGGUCAGCGUUGGCCGGGUGUAGCUGUGCGCUCUAUUUCACGUGGGGGAGGGACGAUCUGGGCAGGUGCAGAUCCAAGGGCUGUGGUCAAAGGGAGAGCUUGUUUUUUUGAAGUAGUAAAGCUUCGAGGGUUUGUACAGACAUCCCGUCUUCCGAGAGAAGACGGGCUCUCUUGGAUUCAUUGUAAAGUGCCUGCUGCAUCAAUAAAGCUCUUGGCUUAUUAGUAUGUA